AGGAUCACUGACAUUUGUCAGUCUACAUUCGACGUUCAAAAUGACAGGUCGUGGAAAAGGCGGAAAAGGCUUGGGGAAAGGAGGCGCGAAACGCCACAGGAAAGUCCUGCGAGAUAACAUUCAAGGGAUAACCAAGCCUGCCAUUCGUAGAUUGGCCAGGAGAGGUGGAGUAAAAAGGAUCUCCGGUCUGAUUUACGAAGAAACCCGUGGUGUCUUGAAGAUAUUUUUGGAAAACGUCAUCCGGGACGCGGUCACGUACACAGAGCACGCGAAAAGGAAAACCGUGACAGCUAUGGACGUUGUCUACGCCCUGAAGCGUCAGGGCCGCACUCUUUAUGGAUUCGGAGGAUGAUGACUCCAUACGAAAAAAAAGAAAAAAAAACAGAAAAAAAAUGGAAAAAACAAAAAAAUGCAUUAGAAAUUUAUUUUAUUAUAGUAAUUACAAUAUAAUGGAAGCUGGCUAUAGUUAAUUAGUUAAAAGUUACCAAUUAUUUAUUAUUAAGUUAUCUACUUAUCCGACAAGGCCCUUUUCAGGGCCGCAA